CAUCUCGUUGAUUGGAUUUUUUCUUCGCCGAUCAUGUCCAUGCUCGCGCCCAUCCUCCCCACCCACGUGGUGGACACUGCGCGCAUUGCGUCGGUGGCGUCACCGGUUCCGCGGACGGGCGGACCACAGAGGCUGCAGCCAAUGCAACCAGGCACCACGUUCAUGAGAGCGAUGGCAGCCGGUGUGGUGCUCGCUCAGGCUGUGAAGGUGCGCAACACCUUGAAGCGCCGGGGUUCCCGCGUGCAGCGGCUGGCUGUGGACGAAGGCGAGCAGGACGAUGACUCCUUGCGUGUUGUAGUGCGGAAGAAUGUCAUCAAGACCGUUUGUCGUGUGGGGCUUUGGUCAGUCUUCACCGCAGCUGGCGCCUACGUGCUCUACCCCUCGCUGCAGCAGUUCCUGUGGACGUUCCUGACGGGAACCAAGACGGUGGUCCCCUUGAGCGACAUCGUCCAGGGCUAUGUGGGCAACGUCCUGGCCCUCAUGAGUGUCCUUUUCUCCAUCCUGGCGGGCAACUCCUAUACGUCCCUCUACUCGCAGAACGAGGCCAUCUUCUGCGCGUUGUUCGCUGAAGUCUCAGAAGCCAAAGCAUUGAUGGAGCAGAUCGCGCUGGUUUGUUCCGGCAGGCCCUUCUACCGCUCAGCCCUCGAGAGCAUCCGUCGCUACGUGGAGCGCGACCUGCGGCGCUUGGAUCGGCCUCCGUCGAUCCUGUGCGCCUGCAAGCCACGCCACCCGACGCGAGCGGAGACGCGUGGAGUGGGGCAAGUUGAGAUGGAAAGAACAGGUGAAAAAACACGGAUUUCAUCAGAUGCAGAGGACUGGAAGAGUGAUAUUACCAGAUCAUGGGAUGUGUAAGCCCCCACUUGGGGGUGGCGCAUGGGCAUGAACCUCUAAGGAGCUAUUGAUUUGACACUCUGAGAGGGGGGGGGGCCUGGUACAUGACACCACACUAUGACCACAGAGUAAGUAUAACUCCCCCCUGCAACUAACAUAGAAGUGGAUGGC